GGCGGAAGCCGAGGGUGGCGGAGCCGGAUGCGACGUGGGCGGCGGAGCGGAGAGGACUGGGCCGUGCCGAGCCGAGCCGAGCCGUGCCGGGCCGAGUCGUGCCAUGGAGGCACUCUACCACCAGACCAACAAACAAGUCCAUGAAGUCCAAUCUUACAUGGGACGUCUGGAAACUUCAGACAAACAGUCAGUACACUUAGUAGAAAAUGAGAUUCAAGCAAGAAUAGACAAUAUAUUCAGCAACUUGGAACGUCUGGAAAUCCUGUCUAGUAAAGAACCUCCCAAUAAGCGACAAAAUGCUAAACUCCGAGUUGACCAGCUGAAGUAUGAUGUUCAGCAUCUACAGACAGCUCUGAGGAACUUUCAACAUCGCCGUUACAUCCGGGAGCAGCAGGAACGACAGCGAGAAGAGUUACUAGCACGUACAUUCACUACUAAUGACUCUGACACCACCAUACCGAUCGACGAAACAUUACAGUUUAAUGAAUCCCUGCAGAAUGCCCAUCGUGGCAUGGAUGAUCUUAUUGGCAGUGGGACCAACAUCCUUCAGGGGCUGAGGGACCAGAGAGUGACAUUAAAGGGUACUCACAAGAAGAUCCUGGAUGUUGCCAACAUGUUGGGCUUAUCCAAUACUGUAAUGCGGCUGAUUGAGAAGCGAGCCUUUCAAGAUAAAUAUUUUAUGAUUGGGGGAAUGAUUUUGACUUGUGUAAUUAUGUUUCUCGUCGUGCAGUAUCUGACAUGAGCUACUAAGCUAUUGCCAGAGGAUAUCGUCUUUUGGAGCAAAAUGGACUGCCCUCCAAAAUGUGCUUUCCUCUGAGUGCUGCUUUGGAUGAGCCCCUCCUGAGAACUUCAGAGUUUACAAAUCACACUCAAGACAUGUCAUGUGGAAAGCACAUAGGAGGACAGAUUUCUUUGGAGACACUGUAGUUUAAAAUGACCCUAUAAAAAUAUCCUUAGCCAUUACUACUCUCAUAUUAUUGUCUGUAAGUUUAAGAAUCUGGUUAAGUAGGAGGCAGAAGUGAAAUUUUUGCCUGGCUGUUAUGCAAGUCAGGAGUGUUGGGUAGAUAGGGGAGAAGAGGAUGCAAAGGUACAACAUAAGAUGAAGUGAGCCUUUCCUGUGAUAGCUAGAAAUGAUCCUCGUGAGUGUAUUUUCUGUUGAAAAAAUGCCACUGGAGAAUUCUGCACUGUUUGUGGGCAUGCUCCUACAGAUUGUGCAAAAAGAGGAAGUGAAGGGUUCCCAUUUGCAACUGCACUCUUCUGCUUGGAGGGUAAAGGACUUGUGGGGAAGGGUCUUAACUCUAAAAGCAUGGUCAUAACCUCUGCUAGUUUUUUGUAUACCCAUACGGUUUUACCCAGCAAUCUUCAGUUAAGACUGAAAUGCUUCUCAUCUUAUUUGAAAUAAGUUUUGGUAUCUUUUUAUGUUCUGCUGCUUCCCAGUGGAAGCUGAAUGCUGUACUCCUCCCUGCUUCCAGUCAGGUGGAGAUCAGUGAGUGUCAUCUCACUGCACACAAUACCAAAUUCAACCUCCAAAAAACUGGGCAAUACCAAAUUCAACCUCCAAAAAACUGGGAGCAUUUUUGGUGCUAGUGCACAUCGUGUUGUGGUGAAUUGUAUUCAUUAUCUGAGGUGGUUGGUUGGGGUUUUCUGAUCCAUAGCUGGUAUUUUUGAAUUCAGUGAAGCAGGCAAGUUCUUGCUGUGUUCAAACUGAAACUUGUGAUAUUUGUGUUUAUAGAGCUGGAAUGGGCUCUUUUUUUUUUUUUUUUUUUUUUUUUUAUAACAUUCAAAAUAGCAGUGUGAUCAUCAGAAGAGUUUCCUUAACUUAGUGCCUUGGGAUGGUAAACAUGUCCCUUGUCCUUGGGAAGGGUAUUUCCAUUAUUCUCUCUACCUGUGAAUUUACUGUGAAGGACAUUCUCAUACAAAUCAUCUCACAGAGAUGAUAGCUUAGAUUUUGUAUCUUCUUGACUGUAGAUAUUUAUCCAUUUAAACAUACACAGUUAAGAAAUGCCUCCUGUGGUACUCAUUUCCCUGAAGACUGGGGAUUCUGUUGGAAGGGCCAUCGUGAAGUUUGAAACAGCCUUCCAUUUCAAGCAUCAUCCAUUUCAGUCAGCCUUCAGAUACAUUCUCAUUUUGUGUACAAGUCAGGAGCAUUUCCAAAUGUCUGACAGUGUCACGUUCAGAUAAUGUGGCAUUCUGUUGGGUGUUCAUUUUUUUUUCUGUCUGGAAUGGUUAUGGGUCUUUUAAUUAAUAACAGUUUACAAAUCCUGCAUUUCUUUGCUCCAGUAAGUUUUGCUUUUAUAAUUACAUAGCUUGUUGCAGUUUUUUUUUUCAGUUAUUAAUACCAUUCCUCCAAUUUCAGCUAAUAUGGACAAGUUAAAGAGGCUUCAGCAGUGCUUGUUUACGUUUGCAUGUUUAAAGUAUUGACUGAUCCAUGUGCUGUGGCAUAACUUUAAAGCCCAGAAUGAGACUCCCCAGUUUGAUCAGCUGUCACUGUCCAGUCAGCUUCGUAUUUGGAAUCCAGGGCAAGUAAAACGUCAGUAGUCAGAGCACUAGCUGCUGCCCUGCAGACACAACAGUGGAAGAGGCCAAGAUGCCAUCAGUGUCUAGACAAUCCUGUCAGGGGGUUCAGCAGAAGAAAGCAGAAAAGUGUCAGUGGUUGUUGAAUAUCCUAUGUGCUGCACACCUUCUGGCUGGCCGUUUUGUUCUUAAUGUGUUUGAUGUUUCCCAAGUGUUUAAAGCUCUUUGUGUUCCUCAAUCUGCUGCACUUUCUCAAGAAAACAUGUUAGCAGACCACGUACAGAAUCACUUUGCAUGUCAGCCACAAGUACUAAGGAAUCAGAAAGUUGGUAAUGAGAGAUCAUGUGUCUUACUGUAUCUUUAAUCUAAAUUUACCUUGAAUUUAUUUUAAAUCUGAAAUUCAUCAUGAUAGAUUUUAGCACAGAAUGCACUUGUUAAAUCAUUUUCUAUUAGAUCAAUUGGGCACCUUGUAAAGGAUCCCUGGCAAAUCUUCUGUCCUGAUCCAACUCCACCUUGGUUUCACAACUUUAUUGUUUAAAGUUUAUAUAUUUGUGACUUGGCGUAGCAGGAAUCGUCUUAUACCAAGGUAAGGACUCUAGUCAGUUUUUCUUCUUUACAGCUUGUGGUAUGAGCCAUAAAAUAAAAUGAAUGGAACUGGAUUUUCUCUCUUUUGGGACUAGACUAACAUUUUUAUUCAAGUUUCUCUGUCCGUUUAUUUUUGUCCUUUUAGAGUCUCCCUGUGUAGGCUAGUUUCCCUGUUGUAUGCAGUGUCCUUGCUAUUCACUAUCUGGAGUUGGGAUGUGGGCUGGAAGGGAAGCACUUAGAUGACUGGAUUUGAUGAUGUGUAACUUCAAACAAAUUCGUACUAGAUAUUAAGUCCAAAAUGACUUACAAGAGCACCUGUGCCAUCUCAGAUGGCUAAUGUAAAACCCUCAAAACUUCUGUCAUUAGUGUGGCACAGUAAAAGUACAGGUAGGAUCAACAUCCGUGCUACCAUGGAAUGACAGAGCUGAAACCCUGGUGGCUUGUCACAUGUUGCUGCUGCAGCUGCUGUCUCUGACGUUUCCUUUCUUAAGACUGCUUCUUUCAGUGGAGCUGUUUGCUUGUGAACUUCUGUGGAACAGCAAGUGUUCCAGCUGUUGAAUGGAAUGCUCUCAUGAGAGGGCAUUGUGGAAACUAACUAGUCUCUGGAAAAAAAACAAAACACUUUUAACCAGUAUUUUAUACAUAAGGGGACAAGGGUGGGACAUGAUGUGAUUCAUCUGUUGUGUUAUGUAAAUAAAGAUUUUUUUCAACCAGAA